GAGAGUGUUACGAAAAAGAUUCUUGCGCGCGCGCACAUAGGAUCUGUACACACGACGACAGAUUAGCAUAAAUUUGCCUAAAAGUAUUUUGAAGUGUCUUUUUUUCCUCUCUGUUUUAUUUAUAUAUUACGGAUCGCCACGUGUUUAUCAAUUAUUAGUGCUGGCGCGCGCGCACACGCGGGUUUCAAGACGAUUAUUAUAUACGCAGCCAGAUCAUAUUAUAUGCGAAUUGUGGUCGCCGAAGCAUCGUCGACGCCAGUAUGGCGAUUGCAUUUGUAAAAGUUGGAUACAUAUCGUAAACGUAAGUCUGCGUAUCGAGCCAGCCUCUCUCUCUCUCUCUCUCCCUUCAUUUUUGCAUCAUCGAGACAACAAAGAGCCCGAAAAUGUCGAUCGACAUUAUUCAACGAAGUUGGACGCUGCGAAUAUGUCUGCUGAUCGUGUUGAUAGGUCCGCUGCGAGCUUGGCCGACGAGGGAUCCGGAUGCCAUAACGUUCCCCGACGACGACGAAUAUACCCGCAUAGGGAUCGAGCGCGAGGACAAAAAAAUCAGGGGGUCCGCUGACGCCCAGAACCACUUCUACGACGGCAAGAACACGAAUUUCGACGGUAAGGAAACGAAUUUCGACAAGGACAAAAUCGAGGAUGGACUUCAGACCGACAUCAGAUUCAUCAUCGGUGCGCCCUAUCGCUGGGCCUGUCCCCCAUGCGAAAAGCGCGACCACGAGAUGAGAUGUCGGAGAGUUUCUCCCUGCAAAGAAAAUCCUUGAGCGAUUAAUCGAGAGUGAUGUUCAUUGUGAAGAGACUGAUCGAUGUUGCAGACUGCCAACGGAACCCAGUGCAAUGUGAUGACAUUUUUCAAACACUGAUUCAUUUCAUUAGUUACAAAAUAUCGAUUGUUUAAUAAAGACUUAA